GUUGUUCCAUUCGUUUUCGUGUGACGCAGGCACAGGUCAGGGUAGUAGCGAGAACAGAAACAAAAGGAAAUAACUCGAAGCCGAUAAAAAUUGUUGUACUAGAAGGUGGAGUUGCUGACAAGAAGUCCACCUGGCCGCCGAAAGAUCACUUCAUCCAUGAAAGAGGAAGAUCUUCAUGCUGAGAGGACCGCAUGCAAAAAGAUAUAGUUUCGAAGAGAACCAUAAGGACCACCGAUCUUCGGCGUCACUAGGUGACCAAAGAACACAAGUAGCGGAAGAAAGUAAAAGUCGGCGAUCCAAAUAGUACAAGUAGAAGCGCAUGAAGAUCGAUGAACUAAAAGUCGGUGACAAGUAGAAUCUAACAGAAUUAGUCGGUGUGUGAUCAGUUACUUAGACCUCGCUUUCGAGUUUCGAUGAUCAUGAUCGAUCUCCAUGUUGACCAUGAAGCUCCGCCGGAACAAAGUACCUAGUACUUCUGUAUUUCUAUUUGCGAUCUUGAUCUUCAACAGUCUGAAUCUUCACAGUGCGGAUACCGUGUGCUCGGCGUAAGCAGCUAGAUUCAUCACCUACUGAUUUUCGAAAAAUCUGAAUUUUUUAUCGUCAAAAUCGGACCACAAGACUAUAUUUUCAUCAUAAAAGUAUAAAUACAACUACCUCCACCCUGUGCCUGUACGAGUUUGUCGACAUCUAUUGUUGUAUAAUUGAUGCAUAAAACAUUGGUUCCUCUGUUUUCGUGAGAGUUGAACCUCCCUGCUCAGCAAUAAAAGCGUAAGUAGUUUCGGUUUGAGAUUUCGCAGAAAUUUUCAGGCUCCUUUUUACGCUUUCAAAAAAAAAUGGUGACGUGGCGCUAUUUAGAAGUACCGGUCGCGGCCUUCUUGCUUGCGCACCAGCAGGUCCACCUCUUCGCGGCCGCGGCUAGUUUUGCACCGCAACAACCUGGGAGCGGCAUUGGAGCAGCAGAACAUGAACGUGGUCACACGCCUCUGCUGGCGGCCUCUACUACUACGGGAGAAGUUUUUCAUUCGACGCCGCCACCUGCAGCAACUUCUGGCCCUGCAGGGCCCCCUUCCUUUCCGCAAUACAACGGGUAUGACACGUAUGCCACUUGUCUCGAACGUGCCCGCACGGCGGCUAUGCACUUGUUCAGUGAAGAAGCGAUGGCUAUGCCUUGCAAAAGUGUCGUAGUCAUAGUAAUUGCGUUUAUGCAUGACAAAUCUAGUUGUUAAUGAUAAUGUUAAGUCAAAUUUGCAUUACCUGUGUAAUACCGAGUCAAUUUGUAAAUGGAAAUGAAAUUUAGAUUUAAGUACACCUCUACUACGGUACCUUUGCAGUGCAUAACGACAAGCCCAAUGAUCCGUUGUAGUUCCUUCGAGUCUAUGCCGUUGUACGACGAGGCUCUGGCGAAGUUGGAAGCGGAUCCGGUAUCAAGUGCUAAUAUGUCCGGGUCUGGAAGAGUGUGAUGCUGUUUUUGCAUCACACGGCGGGUCUAGCUUGCAGGCCUAGCAUUACAGCUUUUAUUGAAAAGGUUUUUCAAUGCCUAAUCUGCAUGGCAAACCCCCUCUUGGGGUGGUGCCGAAGAGAUGACCAACUUCUGCGAUCCAUGCACGACAGAUUUUUGUGUAUUCUGAAAUGCGCAUCACAAGUUCACAUGCUCUGUCCAGACCCAGACAUGUUUGCAUUUCAUAUUUGGAUUUGAGCCGCGAUUUCCCGAAGGUGUUGAAAUUUUUCGGCCAAAAAACCACGAAGCACAUUUUUCUCAUGCUCGGCAUGCUCAAACCGGAUCCGGCGGGCACUUAUCGGGAAUGGGAGCUGGCCUUCGGGCUCGUGAAUGGAGCAGCUGGCGAAACGAAGGAGAAAAUGGCUUUUGCUGCCAAGGCGGUAGCGAAGAAGGUCGUUGUUUCGUCGGAAGAUGAAAAUAUGAUGUUGACUAGUAGCAGUAGUGCAAAUGCAAUUAUUUCGUCGAGUAGUAGUACUGCUAGUGCUAGCACCAGUACCAGCGCCAUCGAAACGGCGUUGAAAGUAUCAAGUGCAAAAAUGUCUGGGUCUGGAAGAUUACAACUCGUCAUGCUGUUUUCGGACUCUAAAAAAUUUUGUAUUACAUGACCAGCAAGAGGGGCACAAGUUGUGCUACACGGACAGCAGGGCAUUUCUCAUGCGGAAGGAGCAUCAGGAAGCCCUCUAAAAGUCUGCGAUGCUAGGUCAUGCAUUACAGGCAUCAUGGGUCAUGAGAAAUAUGCAUGACAAAUCUUGCAUUCUUCCAGACCCAGACACUUUUGCAAUCCAUAGAAAGCGACGGGCCCGGCAGAGAUGUUCGUCAAGGAAAUUCUCGGGACCCGUUACAGCGAGGAGAAGUACGACCACCUUCCCCGGCCGAAAGGAAAAGCUUUCGGGUAUGGGGUUCUCAAACGUUACAUUCUCAACUGUUACAUGAAUUUGGCAUGCAAAAACACCAUCAUCAUCCUCACGAUCAAGCUGCUCCGCAUGACAAAUUUGCGAAGAGCUAAGCCUUACCUAAAUCUGCGCCAAACUUGUAAUGCAAAAAGCGCACUCUUCCUCCUUUCACUUUUGCCAGUCUUGCAUUACAAAUUCAUGUAACAGUUGAGAAUGUAACAUUUGAGAACUCCAUAUCGGGGACCUGCCUGACACGAGGGAUUACUCCGUUUCCCAACCCUACCCGCAGGUCGCGGCCCUGGUGGUUUUGGCGAAGACCGCUGCGAAAGUUCUGGCGGACGAAGAAUUGGAGAAGGUUUUAGCAGCCUCCAGAACUACAACCGGGGAGCAAGAUCAUGAUCCAGUUACGCCAAACAAAUACAAGCCCAACUUCUUCGUCGAUUUGUUCUGGAAACCUCUUUAUCAACUGUAAAAAUGUCUGGGUCAGGAGGAAUUCAUGUUUGUCAUGCUUGUCUGGCAUGACUCUUAAAUCUGUCAUGCACGUUACCCAAGCGCUCCGUUUUAUUUCUGUGAUGCAGGAGAAGCGCAGUCUGUCAUGCAGAAUAGGCAAAACCUAGGAGCUCAGAAACUUAUCAUGCUGAGCCAGCAUUUGUAGCGUCAUCAUGAGACGCCACCCAGCAUCACAAUUUUCCAGACCCAGACACUUUUACUUUUGACACUCUUUCCGGAGCAGCCAUCCGGCACAGCUACUCGGAUGAGAACGGGCGGUCGCUGGUGGUGGGUGAUGAGGAAAAAACGAUCGUGCGCACCUCCGGGAAUGAAGAAAAAUGCAGGGUGGAGCUGAUCAGAUUCUGGACCACGCUCGAGACGGCGUCGGGGCUCGAUAUUGAUGCUCCGCCUUGUAGUUACUUCGGCGAGCAGGAGGUGGGGUUGGCGGGCAACACUGGUGGAGGAUUACAAGAACUCUCCGCAGUUCCCCUUCCCAGCAGUGUCGAGGACGGAGCAGGACUACAUCAUAAACCGCAUCUGCAAGAGCACGGGGAUGGAGCGAAUCCGAAUGCUUCCUCGUGGAGCAGGAACUGCUCGAGGUUCUGCGGAGGUGGUGACGGCACUGCAGCUCGCGGCUUCCUGUCCGCGGUUUCGAACUGUCCCCGACGCUGCCUGAGCCGAGCGUAUGGUGGAACAGACACCACUACUUCUGCGCCUGCAAUGCAAACUUCUGCCCGGGAAGAUGAAAACAACAUGCUCGUGUAGUUCCCGCUGGCAUCAUGAAUGGGCACUACGACGAUCUCGUACUGCCGUGGCAGUGAACAUCAAGGGCGCUGAGAAGAAGUAAUCAACAAGUACGAAGUCUUGUACGAGGUCGAGCGAGUGAAGACACGCAGCUGAAGUAGCACAUCAACUCCAGUUGUAGUCCUGCUCAGUUUUCAUGUAGUACUAACCGAGGCGAAGAAAUGGCCGGAGUGGAAGGCGGACAAGAUCAAGAUCAGGACCAACUACACCGAUAGAAUUGUAAGAACCGAAAUAAAGAUGAAGAUCAUCAACAAGAGCGCUGAAAAAUAUAUUGGUGGAAAAGACUAUUCGAUGCCGGAGGACAUCAAAAGGCCGAUUUUUAGGAGAAUGAUUAUUUCAAUCAUGUUUACACGAGAAGGAGAACAAGCUUGCCUUUAUGCACAAUGGAAGUUUAUUUCUUAUUCUUCAUCGAUGGUGGACCAAACAAGAAUUUUUUUUCGAAACUUCUUUCGACGUCUACUUCACAGAUGACAGACUCAGAGUUUAUUCUUUGAGUAUAAUUGGGAUUCAUUGGCACAACUUCUAUGCUGGGAAAGCUGCUGCGCAUCAAGAGAAAGAAACACGUUGCUGGAUGUGGAAGAGAAAGAAACACGUUGCUGGAUGGAGUAGAAAGAAACACGUUACUGUGGUGUAAUAUAAUCCAUUACAUACAAACAGGCGGUUCCGG